GGGACUCGUUGAGCUACAGCUGAGAAAACUCGCGAGGAUCGGCUGCCGGUAGGACCUUUCACGGCUCUGCCUCUGAACGAGGUGGAAGAAAGUGCAGUCCGAUGUCCCGAUUGCAAUGGCCAGGGACAGGCUAAACUCGGACUACUCGGAGAACAUGAGCGACGCUACGGCUUGCAGCUACAUGGUCAGUUCUUGCGAAAAUCGUUCAGCGCGCAGCAGCAUGUUCCAGGAGCCGUUCUUCCUGCACCCGCCGGGCUCAAGGCCCCGGGACGGCCUCUACAUCAAUCCCAUGAGUUCGGCAUACGCGCGCCAAAAGGACAACGUCGGGCUGAACGGUGGCCCAAGCACCGGUGGCGCGAGCAACGGCUCCGAGUCGUUUUACCUGCACAGUCCGCACGAGCUCGUCUACACGCGCAUCACCCAUCUGUUCGAUGAAACGCCGAGCCUCACCGUCGCCGCCACCAGCAGCGACCGUCCCACGUGCACCACGAGCCCCAGCAGCAGCAGCAGCAGCCGAGCUUCCACCGACAGAAAGGACGAACUGAUCACCGUGAAAGUGGACGUGCACAUCAACAACAACGGCAGCCACAGCAAGGGCAGCGGGAGUAGUCCGGUGUUGCCGAGCAUCGCCAGCGCCGGUAGCUCGCCGAGAUCGGAACACGCGGCCAAGGCCACCGAUAGCGGCAGCGAGCACGCGUACGAGCAGAUUUGCAUCGGCCGGGACGAGGCGGCGCUGUGCCAGGCCAGAGGCUGCGCAGGUAGCCCGUCGUCGGUUGGGGCGCACAAGAAACUCGCGGCCACCGAUAACGUCGCCGACACCAGAUCCCACAGAGGGGGAGAUAGACGGUACAGCAGAUCGAGCAGUGCCAGUGAAUCGUCGAACAUGAGCAGCGAAGUUCAUUAUUCCUCGGCGACAUCGACGCCUCCGCUUUCCCGUAACAGCAGCAACGAGCGGAUGAACAAGAGCCCGAAAGUCCCGGAUGUCCCUACGGAAAGGAAAAUCUCGACGGCCAACUCGACGAGGGCGGACAGUGAGAAGGACGCCAAGCCAACGAUCAAUGGAUUCAGCAGUAUAUUCAGGCCACCGCCACCGCCACCUCCACCGCCCCCGGAAAUCGAGGAGGUCGUGAUAGUGACGUCGAAAGUCGUGGAGAGCACCGUCAAAGAGGAGAACAAGCACGGCAGCCAGUCUACCACGCACCAGGAGCAAAAAUGCGAGGCCACCAUUACCACGAUUUCCGCAGCCAGCAGCAAGUCCGGCUGCGGCAGCAACGAGGCUACGACGACAGUGGUGCUGGAGGGCUGCCGCGGCGGCGAGUCCCCGGAAACGAUAGUCGGCAGCGGUCAGCCGGCAGGACCGAGCGGCCAUCACCACCAGCAACGGGCCAGCGAGAUCGGGGAGGAGUCGGGCAGGACCUUUACCACCACGACCACGACGAGCGGUUGUCAGGUGACCGCCCACCUGGUCAACAGGCACAUGGUGCUGCCCUUCAUACCGCCCAAGUUCGCAGCCCAGUCGGCCGACUCGGACACACUGCUCAAGCCCUCCGAGUACCUCAGGAGCAUUUGCAAGGCUACCACCGAUGCGGCCAAUACCUGUGCCACCAACAACCUUCUCUCCAAGGCGAGGUCGGUAGACAACUUGGACAUACAGGGCAGAGGCUGCGAGGAGCCCGAGGCGGCAGAGGAGCGUAAGAGCGAGGGUGACGCGGAGGAGGCAGCUCAGGACAGGGACUCGGCCGGGCCACCACCACCCCCGUUGCCUCCACCGCCGGCCAACGGGGUGGGGACAGCCACGGGUCUGCUGACGUUCUCGAGCGCCACGGCCGCGGAGACGAGGCAGGCCCAGCAGUUGCAGCAGCCCCUGGCCACCAUCAGCAUCCACGAUCUGUCGAGCGUCCAGCUGAGACGCACCAACGCCAAGAUGCACGCGGCCAAGACCUUCUCGGCUCCGCCCAAUCGCAGUGUCUCCAUGAACAACGUGUCGGAAGCGGUUUACGUCCAGAGGACGGACCUGAUCGCCGAGUUGAAGAAGACGCGGGACAUACCGGGGAUUAAGAAGCUCAAAGUCGAGCGCGCCCAGAACGAAAAGUCCCAGGAGCGGAGCCUCAUAUCGGAGAUCAACAAGAACUUUAGCGCGUCCAACUUUGUUGAUCAAAUACCGGAAAAGGACAGCGCGGGCAACGUGAUACCGAUCUGGAAGAGACAAAUGCUGGCGAGAAAGGCGGCGGAACGGGCGAAGCGGGAGAUGGAGGAGAAGAUCGCGAGGGAGAACGAGGAGAAGCGCAUACAAGCAAUACCGCCCUGGAAGAGGCAACUGCUCGCGCGGAAGGACAGCGAGAACAAGUGUCCGGGGUCGAGUGCAGCGACGCAGCAACACACAACGCCAGCGACGACGGCUGCGAUGUCCUUGCCGAAAAUCGAGGUGGCUCCGAAAAAGGAGCUGGUGCUCGAGGUGUCCUCGGUGCCGGUGACGGAGGAAAUCGGCAACAAAGCCGCGGUGGCGCAAGAGGAGAAAAAGAGCGAACCCAAUCACCAUCAACACGACGAUGACGGCGAUGACGACGAUUCCGGCAACGUGCACAUCAUUCCUUGGAGAGCGCAACUUCGCAAGACAAACAGCAAACUCAAUAUCCUCGACUGAACGCAAAGAUCGGCCGGCGAAAUCUUAUGUGGAUC